AUGCAAAUAAUACUUCAAUGGAUUCCCUGUUGCGUCGGAAGAAAAGGUAACGAAAAUGCUGACAGGGCAGAUACAAAUGCAUUAAAGUCCCAGCAAACCAACACCAAACUGACACAUAAACCCAUUAUACGAUCGGUCAUCCACACCAACAUCAAACUGCCAAAUAAACCCAUUAUACGACCGGCCAUCCAAACCAACAUCAAACUGUCACAUAAACCCAUUAUACGACCGGCCAUUCAAACCAACAUCAAACUGUCACAUAAACCCAUUAUUCGACCCGCCAUCCAAACCAACAUCAAACUGUCACAUAACGAUCGGUCAUCCACACCAACAUCAAACUGCCAAAUAACCCCAUUAUACGACCGGCCAUCCAAACCAAUAUCAAACUGUCACAUAAUCCCAUUAUACGACCGGCCAUCCAAACCAACAUCUAACUGUCACAUAAACCCAUUAUACGACCGGCCAUCAAAACCAACAUCAACCUGCCACAUAAACCCAAUAUACGACCGACCAUCCAAACCAACAUCAAACUGUCACAUAAACCCAUUAUACGACCGGCCAUCAAAACCAAUAUCAAACUGUCACAUAAACGCAUUAUACGACCGGCCAUCCAAACCAGCAUCAAGCUGCAACAUAAACCCAUUAUACGACCUGCCAUCCACACCAACAUCAAACUGCCACAUAAACCCAUUAUACGCCCGGCCAUCAAAACCAACACCAACCUGCCACAUAAACCCAAUAUACGACCGACCAUCCAAACCAACAUCAAACAGUCACAUAAACCCAUUAUACGUCCCUCCAUCCAAACCAAUAUCAAACUGCCACAUAAACCCCGUAUACGACCGUCCAUCCAAACCAACAUCAAGCUGCCACAUAUGCCCAUUGUACUACCGCCCAUCACAUAAACCCAUUAUACGGCCGGCCAUCCAAACCAACAUCAACCUGCAACAUAAACCCAUUAUACGAAUACGACCGGCCAUCCAAACCAGCAUCAAGCUGCAACAUAAACCCAUUAUACGACCUGCCAUCCACACCAACAUCAAACGGCCACAUAAACCCAUUAUACGACUGGCCAUCCAAACCAACAUCAACCUGCAACAUAAACCCAUUAUACGAUCGGCCAUCCACACCAACAUCAAACUGUCACAUAAACCCAUUAUACGAUCGGCCAUACAAACCAACAUCAAACUGCAACAUAAACCCCGUAUACGACCGGCCAUCCAAACCAACAUCAAGCUGCAACAUAAACCCAUUAUACGACCGGCAAUCCACAGCAACAUCAACCUGCCACAUAAACCCAUUAUACGACCGGCCAUUCAAAAACAUCAAGCUGCAACAAACCCAUUAUACGACCGGCCAUCCACACCAACAUCAAACUGUCACAUAAACCAAUUAUACGACCGGCCAUUCAAACCAAUAUCAAACUUCCACAUAACCCCAUUAUACGACCGGCCAUCCAAACCAUAUCAAACUGACACAUAUACCCAACAUCAAACUGUCACAUAA